AGCGCCCCCAACCCCGGCCCACCACCGGAGCGCCCCCGGCCCACAGCGCCGGCAACCCCGGCCCACCGCCGGAGCGCCGCCGGCCCACAGCGCCGGCAACCCCGGCCCACCACCCACCGCCGGAGCGUCCCCAACCCCGGCCCACCACCCACCACCGGAGCGCCCACGGCCCACGACAGUCUGCGGUCGCUCGGCGCCCCGCUCCGCUCACACACCGUCCUUUUACAGCAAUUGCCUGAAGAAAGCCACAUCGAACAGAAAAUGCCUCACAAUUUCAAAGCAGGAGAUCUGGUUUUUGCUAAAAUGAAGGGAUAUCCUCACUGGCCGGCCCGGAUUGAUGAUGUUGCUGAGGGAGCAGUGAAACCACCAUCAAAUAAAUACCCAAUUUUCUUCUAUGGUACUCACGAAACGGCAUUUUUGGGGCCAAAAGAUAUUUUCCUUUUUGAAAAAUACAAAGACAAAUAUGGAAAACCAAACAAGAGAAAAGGAUUUAAUGAAGGAUUAUGGGAAAUACAAAACAACCCUAACGUCAGCUUUAGUGCGCCAUUGCCAUCAAGCUCAUCUGACAGUGAAGUUCCAGAAAAUGAAGUAGUCCCUGGAAGUGGUGCAGAAGAGGACAAACAAGUGAGUGAUGAAGAAUCUGACAAGGACAGCAUUGAACAAAGUAGCAUCAAGCAGAAGCCGCAACUUCCAAAGCAACCGGCUCCAAAGCGUGCUCGUAAAUCGAGUGAUGAGGAUGAGGUGGUGGAAGAUGAAAGUGGCUCCAAUUCGCUUGAGGAGAAUUCUGAAGCAAGUUCGUCAGAGUCUGAGAAAAACAGUGACCAAGAAUUCACACCAGAAAAGAAAAUAAUUUCCAGAACACCUCGAAGAGGACCUGCAACUGGGAGGAAGAAAAAGGUUGUACAAGAGAAAUCUGGUAAAUUCAGUGCGAUUGAGGAUUGGAAGGCCGUGGGGCUGAAGAAGUAUGAUUCUGAAGAGGACCAGGAAAAUAAUGAGGAUGAAGAAGAAGAAGAAGAAGAAGAAGAAGAAGAGAAGAAGAAGCACAUAGAAGUGAAGGAAGAUGAUGAUGAUGAAGACUACAAGAGGGAAUCUGAUUCUGAAGACUCCAUAAAGAAACCUGUCAGAGGCAGAAAACCAGCAGCUCAAAAGAAAACUCCUAAACCACGAGGCAGGAAGCCAAAAGUUGAGAGGUUACCGUCUGUUUCUAGCAGCCUCAGCAGUGACAGCGAUGCUGGAGAUAAAAUCAGCGACUGGAAAAAACGAGAUGAAGAACGAAAGAGAGAGAUAGAAGAAAGGAGAAAGAAACAACAGGAGGAAGAGCUAAGGAAAUUAAGAGAGAAGGAAAGGGAGGAGGAGGAAGAAGACAAGAGGAAACGGAAAGAAGAAAAAGAAAGAGAAGAUGAUCAGGAUAAAUUAAUUGAUGAAGUAGAUAAAGAACCAGCAAAGAAGGUCAAGAAAGUUCGAGCUAAGUCAAAAUAUUCUUCCGAUUCGGACUCUGCAGUGGAAAAGGAGGUGAAAAAAAAGCCAAAGAAACCACUUCCUGAACCCACAAACAAAUCGAAAAAAGAGAGAGAACAAAAAGAAAGAAAACGUAAGCUGGAGGAUCGACACAAAGAUAGGACAGCCAAAGGAGAAAAGGAAAAGAAGAAAGAAGAAAAGCUACAAGUUAAAAAAAUAGAGAAGAAAAAAGAAAUGACAACGGAACAGAAACUUCAGAAAAUACACACUGACAUUAAACAUGCUCUGAAGGUUGACAAUCCUGAUGUAAAGAAAUGUGUGGAGGCACUUGAAGAACUACGAACAUUGCAAGUCACAACACAACUCUUGCAGAAACAUAGUGAUCUGGUUGCAACACUAAAAAAAAUACGCCGCUACAAAGCUAGUCAGGAAGUAAUGACAAAGGCAGGUGAGAUCUACAAACAUUUAAAGUCCAUGUUUAUGGGAGGAGAUGAUUCUGCCAACAAUACAUUGAAGAAGAAUCCCUCUGACCCAGAGCAGGAGAAAGAUAAAGCCAAAGAAGAGGAGAAGGAAGCUGAAGAUAAAACAGUAAAGAAGCUAGACUCGGAUUUAUCUAAUGCAGUGAAUGGAGAGAGAGUGUCUCUGAAGAAUGAAAUCCUCCCAGAGAAUGAAGAACAAGAUCGACCACAGACAGAGGAAGAGAAGGACACUGAAGAAGCGUUGACGGGCAAUCAAAACAGUACUCCAGAUCUACUGAAAGUGCUUCAUUCAGAUGGCCAGCACACGACUGGCACAGAGCCUGUCUCUAUGGAGAUGCCGCCAGCUAUCAAGAGUUGAAGCUUUGAAUCCAAAUCAACUGUGGGACAUGUUUCAAGAUCUGGGUUAUUUUCAAAUAAGAACAUUUGUCACUUGAAUUAUCCUAGAACCUAGUAAAGACUGUUUGGUUUUGUUGUCUGCCCACACAAAGAAGCUAAAAGAGGUUACUUGUUACACAGAGCUGUUUUUCUUCAUUUUGUUGAAAAGAGAAAACAAAAUAUUGUUUGGUACAAUAGAGAUCUCUUUUUCAUAACCUUGAGUGGAGGAAGUGGAUGUGAUGCAAAUGCAAAGAUGGCUGCUUUUGAUGGGAGGAGUGGUACUGCCAGGAAAUUCCAUGGAUGUUCUGAUCAGCAGACAUCCUGGAUAAAUAUGUAAACAGGGUUCCAGCUGAAGAUAUGGCAGCCAAUAAGGCAAACCCCAAGGCAAUCAUGAUGCAUGCUUUACCUAAUUCUAGAACAUAUUUGUUGCUGACUUCACUUGAAAUUAUUUGUUUAAACGUUUUGUCGAUUGAAGUAUGUUCUUCAUGAUGACUUGGCACACAAUUAGUCAAAGUCUGUUUUUUUUUUAAACUCUUACAUCUACAAUUUUCCCCAAGAUGAUCCAUUUCUCAGUCCAUACCUAACUUUUUUUUAAACAAAAACAAUUAUGUAACCAUUUCAGUUUUAUGUAAUUUGUAAAAUACAACUUUGUAACCAGUUAUUAAAGUUUGACCUUGUGGGAGUUUGUACGUGAAUUUAACACUGAUAUAGUGAACUUUAUUUUAAACUGCUCUGUAUGGAGAAUAGGGUGGAAGAGAGCACCAAUGCAGGGGAGACCCACAUAUGGGCAUUGAUCCUCUGAAUUUGUUUUUCGCCUUUUACAAACCCCAAACAUGCCAUUCUAUUUGCUCUCUUCCUUCAUUCUUACAGUAAUAAAAUGAAGUUUUGACAACUCCUAUACUUUCAGAAGACCUCACAACUGUGGAACAAAUUAUUCAUUUGUCUUCCUUUUUUCUCUAGCCUGGAAGGCCAGUAGGUUAAGUUCUGGAUUCAUCUAACCUAUUCUGUUUCUUGAUUAACCUCAUCUUCACUUUUUAUUGUCACAACUGUGGUGAUGUACAUUGUAAAACAUCGCCUGCCUUUGUUUAUUGAUUUAAAGAAAACAAAACAAAUCCUGUUGUAAAAGACCACCAAGGACAAAUGGCCUUUAGCAGGCUAAUUCAGAACAUUUUAAAAUGCAAACUUUUAUAUAUAAAAAAAAUAA